UCACAGUAGAGACAUUGUCGGUGGGGAGAGAGAGAGAGAGAGAGAGAGAGGAAACUCACCUGUUGAACAGCAGCAGUGAAGUUGAAGUAAAAGUCAAAAUAAGUACUUUUUCUUCUAUUGGAGACUCUCACAGUCUGGUGUUUGAGGAUGACAGACGCACUGUUACCAAACGGCAUUAAAGACGCAGGAGGAGACAGCUCUUAUUUCAGAAAGGGCUGUAACCCAUUUGCUCAGACUGGAAGAAGCAAACUACAGAACAAGAGAGCCAGUCUGAACCAGCAGAUCAUCAAACAGAUGAGGAUGAGGGCUGGAGCGGAGAACCUGCUGAAAGCAACAUCCAACAAUAAAGUUAAAGAGAUGGUUCUGUUGGAGCUCAGUUAUGUCAACUCCAACCUGCAGCUACUGAUGGGACAGCUGGAAGGACUGAACAGCUCAGUGGAGGUCUACCAAAACGCCCAUGAAACAGCCAACAUCCCCCUGAUAGCUCUUGGUCUGAAGGAGACAAAAGAUAUGGACUUCUCCACUCCAUUCAAGGAUUUUAUCUUGGAGCACUACAGUGAGGAUGGGAGCAAUUUCGAAGAUGAGAUUUCAGACCUGAUGGAUCUGCGACAGGCAUGCAGAACUCCCAGCCGAAAUGAGGCCGGGGUGGAGCUGCUGGCAAAAUAUUUCAGCCACCUUCCACUAAUAGAGAGUCGAUUCUUCUCCCCGACCCGCCAGACGGGCAUCUUCUUCACCUGGUACGAUUCUUUCACUGGAGUGCCAGUGUGCCAACAGAACCUGUCGCUGGAGAAGGCCAGUAUCCUCUUCAACAUGGGCGCCCUCUACUCUCAGAUCGGUACUCGUUGUGACCGACAGACCAUCGUUGGCCUGGAAGAGGCCAUCUCAGCCUUCCAGAAAGCUGCAGGUACCCUGAACCAUCUGAAGGAGACGUUCACCCACACUCCCAGCUAUGACAUGAGUCCAGCCAUGCUUAGUAUGCUGAUUCGGAUGAUGCUGGCUCAGGCUCAGGAGUGCUUAUUUGAGAAGACUGCCCUGCCUGGGAUCCGAAACCAGUUCUAUUCCCUGCUCAAAAUGGCCCAGGAGGCUGCAAAGGUCUCAGAAAUCUAUGAUCAAGUCCACCAGUCCAUGAUCCAGACACCCAUCAAAGAUAAUGUCCCGUUGUUAUGGUCCACCAUGGCGCAGAUCAAAACCAACCACUACCGCUCCAUGGCUCACUUCUUUGUAGCCUCUGCACUGCUGGACCAUCAGUUGGGUCCCAGUGAUGAUGAGGACCAGCAGGAAAAGACCUUGUCACAGGUUUAUGAUCGAAUUCCCGACGGACGCUCUCCUCUGGACAUCCUUAAGAAAAAAGAUGAACGAGACCGAAUCGGUAAAGCACACAUUCGUAAGGCUAUCUUGGGUCAUGAGGAGGCGCUGAGGAUUUACAGUUUGUGCCACAACAACCAGAUGGAUGUCCUGGAGGAGAUUCUAAAAGCUAGUCACCAGCGCUCUCUCCACAAGUACAGUGAAAAUGAAAAUGAAGACGAGUUCACCGACUACAUGGAGGCCCCAGAUAUUAUUUCUAAGACAGAGCACAAAGCAGAGAUGGAGGUCCCUGCAACCACAAAGGUGAAAGUGACCGACUUUUUCCAGAGGCUGGGCCCUCUGGCAGUCUUCUCAGCCAAACAGAGAUGGACAGCCCCACGGACAAUUCGACUUCGCCCAGAGGACAGAGACCUGGGCUUCACUCUAAAAGGGGAAACACCAGUCCAAGUGGUUUCUCUGGACCCCCUCUGCCCAGCUGCUGCUGAUGGGCUAAAAGAGGGUGACUACAUUGUUGCUGUUGGCGACACAGACUGCAAAUGGAUGGGCGUGAGCGAGGUGAUGCGCCUGCUGAAGGAUGUGAACGAGGAGGGAAUUGACAUCCAGGUGGUUAGCAUGAUGGAAAGCAAUCCUCCCAUGCCUACCAAGAGCGCCACCUUCUGCGGGAACCUACCUAAGACUUACUCCAUGAUUUGCUUGGCGCAUGAUGAUGAUGACAAUAAUCCUAAGGCACGCAAAGUCACCAAAAAACCAUCCUUCCUCAGCUGGGGUCUGAAGAACAAAUUGAAGAGUGUCAGCACACUCAGCCUUCCCACAGCUGACCACUCGGGUGCUCUGCCCUGGAAUAAACCCUGUCCCACCUUUCCCAGCUCCAGUUCCUACAACAACGACAGUGCCCUCUACUGAGCUAGCUGCAGGCUUUUUACUGUCUGCAAACAAUGUGCAGAAAGCAUAUUGAACCUACUGUGGGUUAAGUUCACUCUCAGUACUGUGCUGUACCCAUAAUGGACCUGCUACAGCUGUGCUACAGUAUCAGUGCCAUGCAGGGAUUCAUUCCACUUGACUACAGUAGUGUAUGUAGCUUUUAUGUUAUCAUUGCAAUGAUGACAUAUCAUCCAGCUACCCUGGAAAUUAGCUGUGCCACAUACUAUAUAUGGGUGCCUAUGGUGCCUUUCCAGCACAGUUUUGUAUCUGUGAACUGGACUGUACGCCCAACAUACAGUAACUCUCUGUACCUUUCCAGUAUGUGUACAGCACAGUACAACUACACUGUGGGGAAAAACAUAGCAGUUACCAUUCCAGUUUGCAUAUAAUAUACACAGCACUGAGACAGACUCCUAAGCUAAACUGUCAUCUCAGUACAUUUUCUUGAAGAAACACUCCGGAUGAACUGAAGAACAAAAACAAACUUGUACAAACACACCCACUGUUGGGCUGUACUUGGCUGCAGGGGUGUGAUUUUAUUGUGGCUUGAGCAGUCCCUUCUAAGAUCCAUUGUGGACUGAUGUAACUGCGCAUGGUGCAGUUAGACGGUACUCAUGAUCUCUGUCUAGCCUCUGUUUCAUACAGUAUAUGUGAAGGAUUCAGUCAUUACCACAUUAAUUAUUGCAAUCGGUGGAUACUGAUCAGUUUGGGGGUUUCCAAUACAUAUGUUUUCUAAAUAGAUAUGUAGAUUUAAUUAACCUUGUCGCAGUACGCUAAACAGUGAUUGAGGGAAGGCAAAUUGUACUGUGCAUUUGUUUUUUAGUCUUGGGAGGGUUGAUAAAUGCAAUUUACUAUAAGCUGCUAUAAAAUCAUCUAUUAUGUACCUUGGUUAUGUAUUAUCACACCUUUAUUUUUUGAGACAGCCUUUGUGGAUUAUAGUGCCAUGCAUAUAGGACAGUGCAAAUAGAAAUAUUGGUAUUUUAGGUUUGCUUAAUGCACCAGUUAUGCCACGGACCAAAAUGCCUCUGUGUCCCUGAUAUGCCAGGAUGUCCUAUUACCAUUCUGAGUGAACUCACCCACUUCUGGCCCUCUUUUCUCAUUAAUGAAUGACAGUUUGUCCAUUUGUAAAAUGAGUAUGAGCUGUGUGCCUCUCAUAAUGUGAAUCUUAAUGUAGAUAAAGGAUAAUUUGUCUGCAGAAGGGAAGAAUGUGGGCAGACUGAUCACAUUCCUGCAUAACACCUGGACAGAUGGUCACUUAACAGUGACUGAUCAAAUCCCACUGUCGGGUUUCUUUUGUUUGUCUCUAUCUGUGUAGAUCCUAGUCACAUCCUACAUUUUACUGACACUUUACAGUGUUGGACUAUCUCUUUAUCUACAAAGUAGAUUAUUAUACACAUUUGAUAAUCAAAUUAUUUAUGUAAAAAAAAACACAAAAAUAUAUAUAUAUAUAUGUAUUUGUACCUGUAAGUUUUAGAUUUCCGAACUAGUUUGUAAUGGUCAAGUUGUGAAUUUUUGCACGUUGGAUUUCCUGGUUGGUUUCUGGAGGAAUGUAUUUUACUAACCUUGCUUAAUCCUUUGGUGAACUGAUAUACUGGUACAUUGUGUCUAUGUAAAGGUAUUUUAAAAUAUAAAUGUUUUUUAAACACUGAGAAGAUGUAACACUCUUUAAUGUCUGUUUACCCAGUGUGGUGUCUUAAGUGCCAUUUAUGCAAAAUCAUGAAGGAAAAUGAAAGAUUUAGAUUCAUACUGUUAAAUGUUGUCUUACUCCAGGAGGCACACACAGACGGUGUUAUUGACUUAACAGAUCUUCGUAUACUUUUCACAGCUUACAGUGAAACUAAAUGCCCUGGGUGUUUAUGCAGAUGGUUAAGGUACCUGUUGUUAAAGUUUUCAGGUAGCCUUUGCUUGUUUCUACAUUUUGUAUCUAUGUGCUGCAUAGCAACUGUCGUGUGAAUGCUUUUGUGGUAUUGUUAUAUCUGUAAACUCAAAUCUCAAUAAAAGGGGAGGAAAAACCUAA